AUGACACAGAGAGAAGAGUUGAUUCAAGCGUACAGAAAUGCUCGCACACUUGCAAGUAAAGGAUUGUACGCAUCAGCACACAUUCAUGCCAGUUUACUCUCUACAACACUCAAGACACAACUUCUACCUCAUUUAUUUACUGCAUCGCUUUCAUGGAAAGUCAACAUGCUGUUAGGUCAUUGUUUGGCUCAAGCAAACGAACACAAACGAGCACUUAUUUAUUUCGAGAAUGCUGCACAAGAUCUACUUCGUUGUCGUAAUCCGAAUGGUGUGCAUGAAGAUUUGGAAUACGAAUUUCAUUUAAAAUAUGCCAAUGCAUGCAUCGAAGUGGAAGAGUUGCAUCAAGCAAAACAAUUGCUUGAGUGGAUACCAGUAGAUAAACGUAGUGUGCAUGCAUGGAAACAACUUACUCAUAUCUACGAAAUUCAUGGCGAAAUAAAAAAUGCUAUAGAUGGUCACAAGUACUUGUUGAGUUUAUAUCCAGAUGCAGUCGAGUCGGCUAUAGCAUUAUUGGAUCAAAUGGUCCCAUUUUCAGAGUUUGAAAGUAUGCUAUCACCAAACCCUUUAAUUCGAGAGUAUAUCAAAGCCCAUGCAGCUACAAAACGAUUUGAAUACAAAGAGGCAUUUCAAGCAUAUGCUAGCAUGGAGCAAAGACUUGAUAAUAACCCUACGCUUUUGUUGGGUAUGUUGUCCAGUGCGAUUGAUAGCUGUAACAUGGAUGCUGUCGAGUCACUUGUCACCAAGAUACAUAAAGUAGAUCAUUGCGUAUUGCAGCAUUUUGAUCGAGUUUCAGGCAUGUACAUGAUCCAAAACAACGUUGCAUCUAUUAAAAGAAUGGCUACAGAGUGUUUUCACAUUUCAGAUCAACUUCCCGAGCCAUGGGUGAUUAUUGCUCGAUAUAGCCAGAUAAACAAUCACCUCGGUAAAGCACUCGAGUAUACAAAAAAGGCCAUCAUGUGCAAUUCGCGACAUCUUCCAGCCUACCAUGCGCAAGGGAAUAUUUUGAUCAAUCAGGGAUUGUAUGAUGAAGCCAUUGGAGUAUACCGAACUGCACAUCGUAUUUCGCGAGAUAUUAUGACGUAUGAAGGGUUAGUUCAUUGUUACAUUUCAAGCAAGAGAAUGAGCGAGGCUAUUAUGUUUGCAGAAGAGGCAUUGAGAUUGAUGCCAAACUGUUCACGAGCAUUGUCACUUGUUGCUCUUGCAUUGAUUGACACCCCAACGCAUGAAAAUCAAGUUGAAAGAGCGGUUGAAUGUAUUCAACGGGCAUUGACCAUUCGACCCACAUGUGCUGAAGCACUUGGUGCCAUAUGUGUCUUGUACGAAAAACAUCAUGUAGAAACACCUAUUCAAGAAUUUUUGGCCAAAUUUUCUACCGAACCAUAUCCUGUAUCCAUGUAUGUUAGUCUUGGACAGCAUUUUAUGCACAUGGCAGAGUAUAUCACUGCAUUGGACUAUUUCAACAAAGCGUUAAGGUUGGAUCCAGAAUGUAGUAUUGCAACGGAUGGUGUUCAUCAAGCAGAGCGCAAGAUAAAUGGGGAUGAAGAUGAAUUGGGUGAAGAAGAGUAUACGAGGGAUGUUACGAUUGAUGAGACCGAGUCUCAGCAUAGUUCAACGCUAUAA